UUCUUAUGUUCUUAUGUUCUUAUGUUAUAAAGUACAGUACUGUAUCUUGUGGGACCAUUCUAAUAUAAAGGGUUGUGGUUAUUGCUGUAAGGGAUGUUGUUUACAGCACCUUCUCAACUAUUAAAAGGUGAGCUACAGGUUUGGUCACUGUAGACUAAGGCUGGCUAAUAACUUGAGUCACCCACGUAGGUUUCAUUAUAAAACCUAAUAUAGGGAUUCAGUCCUUAGUCUGCGGCCGCACUGAGAGCGGGCAGGCGGGAGCGGGCACGUGUUGUUGCCAGCCCGCGCCCUCUGCCAGUGUGGCCACGUCUAAGGGUUAUAAUGCUGCAAAGUCUUCUGCGCCCACCAGCUCUCGCCUGCCCACUCUCAGUGCGGCAGCAGCCUUAAUUUUUAAUGAAGACUUCUGUGUAAUUUGCAGGAAAAUCUCCCAAUCCAUGUGGACAAGAGCAUCAUGUCACUUGCACAGUUGACUAAGCUGGCAUCUCCUACAGAUCCUGAUGUGAUCACUGACAUGUGGUCAUCUUUAUUCACAAACAGACUCGGCACUGUCAGUCUGUCAACAUUGGCAAUUAAGCAGCUACUCACAGUGACCAUCUCUACCAUUACCUACCUGCGUUCACUUUUUCCCGAGGCUGUGUACUGUGACAAAGUUAUCCAGGACAUAAACCUGAAGAUUCUAAAGAGAAGCGGCCAACACAUCGCACCACACACUUUCAUGGAGAGUAUCGAGGGGUGCUAUGAGGCAAUUGAGAAGCAGUAUUUGAGGGAGAUGCAACUCAUUAUUUAUGAACAUGAUCCAGAUAAUCCUCUUGAGAUUUACACAUUCAAUUUGAGCUACUUUAAGGAUGGCUCCUCAACUCUCUCUCAGUUAAAAGGUCAAAGCAUACAUGGUGAAAAGUCGUUCAUCUUGAAGAUGCCUAUAAUGAAGAUGCUGCGAAAAGUCAUCCUGAUGUUGCAGUCUUUUGUACAGCUUCCUGAAACUGUCAUUUUUGGCUUCAAGCUGUUUUAUUAUGAUGAUGUGACGCCAGCAGACUAUGACCCUGCGGCCUUCAUGCCAGUUAUUGACUCUCGAGCAAAAUUUUCGUCAGCCCCAACUAAAGUAAAGGUUAGCAUGGUGCAGUCAACGUUUCACAGUGUGAGACUUGGUGUUACUACAUCUCUCUAUAGUAGUAACGCCCAGAAACAGCAGGUGCCGAGCAUGACAGACUCCAUGAGUGAGAAGGAAAAUAUUUUGCCUUCCUCUACUGCUGAACCAGAUGUCCACCGUUCAUUGCGUGGUAUGUCCUCUACAGCUGAACCAGAUGUCCACCGUUCAUUGCGUGGUAUGUCAUCUACUGCUGAACCAGAUGUCCACCGUUCAUUGCGUGGUAUGUCCUCUACAACUGAACCAGAUGUCCACCGUUCAUUGCGUGGUAUGUCCUCUACUGCUGAACCAGAUGUCCACCGUUCAUUGCGUGGUAUGUCCUCUACUGCUGAACCAGAUGUCCACCGUUCAUUGCGUGGUAUGUCCUCUACUGCUGAACCAGAUGUCCACCGUUCAUUGCGUGGUAUGCGCUCUACUGCUGAACCAGAUGUCCACCGUUCAUUGCGUGGUAUGUCCUCUACUGCUGAACCAAAUGUCCACCGUUCAUUGCAUGGUAUGUGCUCUACUGCUGAACCAGAUGUCCACCGUUCAUUGCGUGGUAUGUCCUCUACUGCUGAACCAGAUGUCCACCGUUCAUUGCGUGAUCAUCAAGACUCAGACAAAGUGUUGGCGUCAGCAUUCACGUCCACUAAGCAGAGUUCUCCGUGUUUGUUGUGUGGAACGAGAGACCUUAAACAAUGCCCUUGCUUGCGCCUUCAGGAUGAUCCCAUGAUUAUAUGUGCUGUGUGCAGGUGUCAUCAGCAUGGGAUAUGUUUUCAGGAGUCUAGUAAAUUGCUGGAGAAAGAUAAACGACUGAAGCACACGUGUGGAUUAUACUACGACAAUGACGCCGCCUCCUCCUCCUCCGUCACCAGAACAACAAAUUUCUGUCAGAAACGAGAAACCUCUUUAUUUCGUCGUCUGUUGGUACAUCUGCGUGGCGAUGAGAGCUACCACACUCCUGCUACCGUGGCUCGGUUAUUGCAAGUCAACUGGGACAUAGGCAAGAGGCUUAUGGUGCGACUGCAGUCUGAAGGUGUCUUGGCCGCUGAACCACACAAUGAUCCCAGAGGGAGGUUGGUGGACCAGAAGAUGCUGCGUAACUAUGUCAUCCCCUACGUGUUCGGUGAUCAACUGGCGGGCCACUGCGUCUCGUUAAGUGGUGCUGAGCUGAUGGGAUUUGCACUAAGUUCGUUCAUGGCCAGUGUGCUCAAGAUGAGUGUGAAGCAUCAGGUGACUGGAGGCAGAGGGUAAAGAAUUUUUGAAAAUGAAGUCAAACAACCAUUGGUUCUUAAGAAGCUGCCUUGGAUAAAUGACAAUCCUUUACACCACCUGCAGCCUAACCGAGUAGUACGCUUCAGGGGGAUGAUACAGGAUAUGUUUGAUAACGAAUUCUUCUUGGAGACAUAACUGUGGAGAACAAGAUCACCGGGGCUAC